ACGGAGCACCGCCUCUCGCAGGGCAUGUCGGCGUCGCGUUUGUGACGCGAUCGGGCGUCGACGGAAAGGUCGCUAGCUCUCUGCUGCAGAAGAGGCAUUUCUCCCUUGUCAAGAUGGCAGCGUCCGGGCUGUGGGGGUGCCAGAAAUGCCUUUUGAAUGUAUGGCUCGUAUCGAGGCAAUGUUCAGGACCUGCACGCCACGCCUUCCUCGUGCAUCAAGCCAGCAGACCUGCCUUAGAAUUGUACCAGUCUAGAUGUUAUUCUUCCGGUGGCCGAAAAGGCUUCAUCUCUGGCCUUGUGGAGAAUAUUAAACAGGAGCUGGCAAAAAACAAAGAGAUGAAAGAAAGUAUUAAAAAGUUCCGGGAUGAAGCGAAGAAACUGGAAGAAUCAGAAGCGCUCCAAGAAGCCAGGCGGAAAUAUAAAACCAUUGAGUCUGAAACGGUGAAAACCUCUGAAGUCAUCAAAAAGAAGCUUGGGGAGAUCACUGGGACGGUCAAGGAGAGCCUUGAUGAAGUCAGCAAGAGUGACAUUGGCCGGAAGAUAAAGGAAGGAGUGGAAGAAGCCGCCAAAACUGCAAAGCAGUCAGCAGAAACUGUGUCCAAAGGCGGGGAGAAGCUGGGCCGGACAGCGGCAUUCAAGGCCAUUUCCCAGGGUGUGGAGACUGUCAAGAAGGAGAUCGACGAGAGUGUGCUGGGCCAGACGGGGCCUUACAAGAGGCCGGAGAGGCUCCGGAAGCGGACGGAAUUUUCCGGGGAGAGACUCAAAGAAGAGCGGAUCUUCGAAGCCAAUGAGGAGGCGAUGGGCGUGGUGCUCCAUAAAGACUCCAAGUGGUACCAGCAGUGGAAGGAAUUCAAGGACAACAAUGUGGUCUUCAACCGAUUCUUUGAAAUGAAGAUGAAAUACGACGAGAGCGACAAUGCCAUCAUCCGGGCCUCACGCGCCGUCACAGACAAAGUGACCGACUUCAUCGGCGGGCUGUUCUCCAAGACAGAGAUGUCAGAGGUGCUGACAGAGAUCCUCCGUGUUGACCCGAACUUCGAUAAGGACCGGUUCCUCAAGCAGUGCGAGGAGGACAUUAUCCCCAACAUCUUAGAGGCCAUGAUAUCUGGAGACCUGGACAUCCUCAAGGACUGGUGCUAUGAAGCGACCUUCAGCCAGUUGGCACAUCCGCUCCAGCAGGGCAAAGCCAUGGGCCUCCAGUUCCACUCCAGGAUUCUGGACAUCGACAAUGUGGACCUCGCCAUGGGCAAGAUGAUGGAGCAGGGCCCUGUGCUGAUCAUCACCUUCCAGGCUCAGCUGGUCAUGGUGAUUAAGAAUCCGAAGGGGGAAGUGGUGGAAGGAGACCCUGAGAAAGUUCUGCGGAUGCUGUACGUCUGGGCCCUUUGCCGAGACCCCGACGAGCUCAACCCUUACGCUGCUUGGAGACUGUUGGACAUUUCUGCCUCGAGCACCGAGCAGAUCCUAUGAGCCAGGCUCCUCCUGCGCCCAGCCCCGCCUUGCUCACAGCCCCGUGGCCUCGGACAGCACUUGCCGACGGGUCGCCUGGCCCCGAGGGCAGCCAUUUGGCACACGGGAGGAGGCCGUCACGAGUUGCCACUUUUCGGAGGGGGUUGCACAUGCUGGCUCAGGUAUCGAGACACGGGAGUUGCUGCCGGCCUGUGUCUUGCAUUGGCUGAUCUUCAGGGUGGCAGCUUAGACCGCCGGGCCAGACGGCACUGGCACAAGGCCAGUCUUGGGCGUCUCCUGGCCGGGCCUUGUCCGUGGACACCUCCAUCCCCAGAUGGCGCCACCAAGACUCCGGCACGUGCUUUUCCAGAGCAGCCUGGCUCUUGGUGCCUCUGCCGCUCACCCUUCUGCUUUCUGCAGAAGCAGUGGGGCUAGCUGGCGCUCCUUGGCUCCUGCCCAGUGUCCCUUAUGGGGCCGAAACCCCAUGGCUCCUCCACCGAGGGAUACGUCCAAAGCUUGCCGAAGCCAGGAUCUCUUCUCAUGCGGCUGGGGAAAUGAAUGUGCGUUGGAGGCAGGGGGAGACGGGGGCACGUGGCCGGGGAGGGGGAACAGCCCCUCUUUCGGACCGGGGAUGGCAGAGUGGGAGGAUCUUCCGUAUGGCUCGGAUGAUUCACCCGGAUCAAGGGGUCUCAAUCCAGGCUCCUCCGUGGUCCUUCCAUGGAGUGCCGGUGAGGGGAGGUGCAGGCUCUGUGUGGUCACUGCUCCCGUGAUCCAUGGACCCGCAGUUGACAAGGAGGGCUAUCAUGUGAUCGAUUCUUCUCCCGCCUCUGUGAACCAAAUAAACAUGGCCAAUUCACUCA